UGCGUAAAAUAUUUGAAUUCGUACGUUAAUAAUCCAAUAUUCAGCGCAUUGUUGCUUAUAUUCGGUCCUAAUUGGAACAAAAAUUUAUCGAUAAUGGGGCCUUUCGGCUGGAAUUUUUUUGAGCCACUUGCCCGAAAUUUAUUUUUAAAACAUAAUGGUAAACUCUUAUCUAUAAAAGGCUUUGUCUGUUCAAGCUCUGUAUAUCUCGAAACGUUACUAACCAAUUAGCUUCAAAUUUCUUCAGAUUGAUUCUAUGGUUUCUGAAAAGAUUUUUUUAUGAGAAAGGAUCAGGGAAUGCGAAAAAUUCUUAUCUAUUUAUCGUUUUAUUUGAUCGGUGGAUUUUUGCUUAGAUUAGCAGGGAGGCCAUUUUUCCACUCCGGGAAGUGAAUAAGAGACUGACCUAUUCCUAAAAAUCGUAUUCAUGGUUCGAUUUACUUGAAAUUCGACCUAUUAAUAUAUAAAAAUUAACGUAUUGAUUAAUUUAAUUUUUGGAAGAUAUGCCUAAAGUAAUACGUUUGAACCAAGUUCGAUUAAUACUUCGAAAUACUUUCAUUACGGGAAGAGAAUCCCGACAGAUUGACUAAAAUUAGUAUGUUUUGUACAUGAGCAUAGAUCGGGCGCAGGUAUGGUCGCUUCCCAUUUUUAAUAUUCUGAUGCUUCGGAUUAUAACCUAUUUUUAUACGUUCAACUUUAAUGUUCAUAAGCACAAAUCCGAAAGAUGUGUUUGUCUUACUUCAAGUCAUUUAUGUUGACACUUUAUUAAGUUGACUUGAGAGAACAUCCACUGGAGCUGUUUAAUGUUAUGAAAUGUAAAUAGAAAACAUUUUAGGCAUGUCAGAGCAUCACAUGAGAAAGUACGAGAUUCAAUGCGACUCACUGAUCAAAUGCAUCUAUAGUGGAGUGAAAUAGUUUAUGAACGUCUAUAGAUAGAAAUUCACGCAAAUGAGGAAGGUUUGACUGCCAUUUACUAGGAAGGACAGAAACGAUAUUUUUGCAAAUGGUUCAAGUUGUUCACGACUUACAAGUAUCCUAUGGGCAGCCAACAAACAUCCGUUUGGAAGUGAGCUGAAGUGAGAAGGGUGACGAUUUGAGGGCAUCCACUUGGAAUUUUCGGCCUUUCAAUUGGAAAGGUGCAGCUGCACAGCUGGUUGAUAUCAUCGUAAUUCUGGACUGGACUAAAACUGGACAUCACAACCUACAUAGAAGAUCAAUGGACGGGACAAGCACGGAAGAAGGAAGGAGCAAGGGCCCUUUGGUGAAAGCCAACGUUUGGUGUUAGAUUUAUGGACUCCGUUGUCGAGUACUGGCAAUCACUCCGGUUGAUAAACGUCUAGCCCACGCACUGACUGAUGAGAAGUACGAUGUGUAUAAAAACGGUGCCUAUGAUCAUGGUGGUGAGGGUGAUUUGACAUCAAAAACUGUAAUCACAACAGACAGCCAACACUCCAGCAUUCUGAGAGCACUUGUCAGCAACUCAAUACAAGGGAACUGUGGAACGGUAUCUCAAACUCUCUACGUACCGUCGCUAAAGAUCUGGUCCGAUAAGAUAAUCUGAUAACCAAUGAUCAGGGUAUAUGUGUAUGGAAGGACCACUUAUCUAACCUGCUAAAUGGCAUUGAACACCCGGAUAUGGUUCCAAAACCCAACUUUGGCAGCCUCGAAUAGCGAUUGUCUGCUUAAGGAAUAACAUAGCUGCUAGAGCCGAUAGUCGAAGGAAUACAUUUUUGACGAUUUGAUCGUAGGUCUGCCCACUUCUUAAAAACGGGAACCUCUACUCCGCUAUGUCUGAAUUUGGUGUCCCCGGAAGCUAACCUUUCCGAACCUUUUGACACCAAACGAUAUUCCAAUAAGGUAAUUACAUAUCGUAUGACUUCUAUAAUAUAUUGUUCGAGAAAAUAAUACGAGCCGCAGAACUUGAUAGAGAAGGUACAAUCUUCUAUAAGAGUGUACAGCUUCUAGAAUACACCAAUGAUAAUUGGUUUCAACAACAACGCCGUGAGUUCUGCUUUCUCCAGACUGGAUAAGGAAGUGAAGCAUAUGGGUCUGGGAGCUCCCACAUCGCUAAUAACAGUCAUAACUAAAGUCGUAGAUAGAUUCGUCUAUCUUGAGACCGCUGGAUUGGGUGCAGUUGGUAUUGGUUGGUGGCGAUGUUGUAGAUAUAGGCAGACUCCCAUAGCAUGGGACAAUGUACGCAUAACUUCACUCUUGUGUGGUGCGCAGGCCAGACCACGCCCAAAAUUGGCACCAGUUUGAGCAGGAAUUGCUUCUGACUGAUUUCAUGUUCCGACGAACUAUGUUCUGACACACGGAGCAGGCUGUUCGGGGACUACGGGCUGCUGGGUAGCUCUCGCACAGAAGAAGAAAGAGGAGCUGUAUGUGGGUCUUAAGACCUGAACAGACUACAGCCAUUGCACUGGUUGCAUCUAGCCGAAACGGAGGAAUGGUGGAGUCUUUUGCGACAAAUGCAGCAGAAAUAAUCCAUCGGACCAGAAUUGGUUUCGAUGCCAGCCAGUCAUCGUUAUUAUUUUGCUCCCAAUGUUGAAACCGGAACAACUUGGUCUUGAACCUUAACUAUUGACAAAUGUUUUUGUCUUUUUUAUCUUUUUGCAGUUGAGUCGUUACGAAGUAGCACCCUAAUAUAUAUAUAUUUGGAAUUUCUGAAAAAACACAAAUCUUGUGAUGUAGUAUGUAUGAAGUCAUAUGUAAGUAAAAUAGCUACAUUCUUCAACUUACAACAACUGUUAGCAACGGGUUUCAUUCAGAUGAAAUCAGUUUAAAGAUCUCAACUCUGAUUGAAGUACGUCAUUGACACCACCAUUCACUUCAUUCAUAGUACAUAUGUACGAGUACGAGUAUUUACAUACAUAUUAUAUGUAUAUAGAACAAAUCAGCAGGCGCAACCGAGGAGUUUAAUUAAACAACGGUAAAAAAGGUGCAACCGCCGAUAAGAACUGGUAGGCAAAACAAUCACACUUGCAAUAUACCAAAAGCUACGGGGACAACAUGCUGAUAAAGGCGCUGAGAAGAAUAGAUAAAAGUCUAAAACAAGCGCUUAUUAAUCACGAGCCAAAGAAAAGUGGCUGGUGGAGUAGAGAAAUCAGCAACUUACUGUGAUCAAGAUCACCGUGGCGUAUGGAAAAUGAUAUUUAGGAUCGAGUAAAAUUAUUGCAAAAAUAGUAAUGAGCGAGCGAGGGUGUGUUUAGGCAGAGCGGAAUUCAGCAAUUUAUCAAAUAAAUACUUCUUAGAUUCAAGAAUGACACGUCGCGGCAAAUUUGUUGUGAAUAAAACGAGAGAUGCAAGAAUAAACUUCAUUAGCGACGCAUACACAACGCAACAAUCAGCGCCGCAACGACACGACUGCCAAAAUAUAAACAGCCCAGCGCCGCCGCAAAUAAGCUGCAGCACACGGCGUUUGGCACAGCAUCAACCAACGCCACAACCAAUACUUACGUUUGCGCAGAAGCUCGAGUUCGUACUGACGCUCAUUAAUCGAAUGCUUAUCGGUUUCAUAACAAUAUACUUGUGUUGGAUGAGCUUACGCUUGGAUCGUGCGGAUAUUCCAUGGCAUGCGGUGUUAUGUACACUAGGGUUUCUCGUCUUGAUGUCCGAAGGUCUGAUGGCCUACUACCGUGGCAAUGUUUGGACCCAGGUUUGUCAACGCCCAGAAAAGGCACGUCUUCAUUGGUUGCUGCAGUUGAGUGGCUCUAUAAUUGGUAUAAUUGGCAUCAUGAUCAAAAUUUGUUUGGAGGAAGUGCAUUUUCACACAAGACACGGUAUUAUAGGUCUCGCAACAAUGAUUAUUUUAUUCAUCAGCCUAUUAAGCGGUCUAAGCUCACUAUACGCCACAGAACUAAAGAGUCGUCUGCAGCCGCGUUUUAAUAAAACUUCCCACAAUAUUAUUGGUCUAAUAACUUUCACCUUAUCUAUGGCCAGUAUGUAUUACUCUUUUGAGACCCAACUUUUCAACGACUUCUCAUUGGAUGCAUCGACUUAUCUGGAUUUCCGUUUACUUUUGGAAAUUACAACAAUAAUAAUAUUUGUGCUGACUGCUUAUGGACCGGUGUGGUGUUUACUUUAUAGUCGUAUAUGAAAUGUGAAUUGAAAGGACAAAAAACAAAAAUAAAAAAUAAAGAAAAACAACAGAAAAUUUUAAAAUAAUUUAUGAAUUAAGAAAAAAGUAUGUAGUACUAGAAUAUAUUAGCAAGUUUACACGCUGAAUGGAUUUUAAGUACCCUUGCCCUUUAAGAAUUAAAAACAUUUCUUUUCUUUUUGCUUUAUUUUGCAAAUAUCAUUUUUGUGCAUUUUUAUUUAAUUAAUUUUUCAAAUUGAUUUGCAUAUUUUGUAAAAUAUUACUGUAAGUGUGUAGUAUAUGUGCGGAGGUUGUGACAAAUAAUACCUUUCCUUGCGAGACGCAAGAUUAAUUAAUACGAAUCAUUUAAAUAAUGCAGUAUUACAUAUGCACAUACAUAUGUAUCUAUGCAACUAAAUUAAUAUCACUUAUGUGUUAAAUUGUAUAAAAGAAAACAUAAAUUCAUAUGUGUAAAAAUAAUCGAGUUUGUUUAUGAAAAUUCAGUAAGUAUUCAUGUAUGUGAUGCCAUGGGUUUUCGCAAUGCAAAUAUUUUUUUUAUUAAUUAAUUUAAAAAGAAAAACAGUUAUACGUAUAUACUAUGUAUGAACGCCAGUUUUAUAUAAAGCACUCGAAGGCAUUUAGUCAGUAUUAGUCUAAGUGUUGCUUUUUUUUUGUUUGCCACAAAUCUUUGCAGUUCAUGAUGAAAUGAUUUACUUCGCUUGCUAGCCAAAUGUCUAACGAUGGUUUAAUAUUUUUUUUUUUUUUUUAAUUUUUAGAGUUUGCGAUUGUGUUGUAUUUGCAUAGAUACGAACAUUUGAAUAAAAAUG